UACACGUCGAUUUAAAUUUUGGUCAGUGUUAUUUCAGUUUGAACCGUUUCAACCUUUAUCUCAGCUGCUUUAUAAUAAAUCACAUUAUAAGUAAAUAAUCCACAAUUUAAUUGUCACCCCGAUACUUUUAUUUUGAAAAAAGACAAAGUGUCGUCUGAGUCAGUAACGUUUUCCGGAAUGGUCUGUCCUUACAUUGAAAUGCUAACUGCUUAAAGACAUUUACACGUGAAAUAUUAAUUAUUUUUUUAACAUAGGGAAUUAUUACAGCGCUGGUGGCAAGAGAGAAGCUUUUCAGUCAGUCAUGUUCAGGCACUGCAGGACAUUUUCACAUUACUUCUUAAAAAGUCAAACAAAUUAUGUACUUUCCAAACCAGUUAGGAUUCUUUUGCCCUGGUCACCAUUCACACAUACCACAUCCCCACGUUCUCAUUCUACCAACAUCAAGAUGCGCUCCUAUUUACAGUACAUGAAAAGGAAAGUCAAAGGUGCACCGGCUCCUCCAUACAAUCAUGUGUGUCAAGUUGGAGAUCCUGUGUUACGUUCACAGGCUGCGGCAGUGGAACCCAGAGACAUUCAGGGACCAGAAGUGCAGAAGGUCAUAAAGACCCUGGUCAAGGUGAUGAGGAAGCUUGAGUGCGUCGGCCUGAGCGCACCCCAGAUUGGCGUUCCUCUACAAAUAUUAGCCUUGGAGUAUCCAAAGAAAAUGCUGGAGGACAGCUCAAGCACUUCUGUUGAAGCUCGGGGUCUGGUGGCAGUGCCUCUCAUGAUUUUUGUAAACCCACAGUUACGUGUACUAGAUGGACGCACUGUCAUCUUCCAAGAGGCCUGUGAGAGCAUCUCUGGGUUUUCAGCAUCAGUUCCACGCUAUCUGUCUGUAGAAGUUUCAGGUCUUAAUGAGAAAGCAGAGCCUGUCAGCUGGCAAGCGAGUGGAUGGCCGGCCAGAAUACUGCAGCACGAAAUGGAUCACCUCAAUGGAGUGCUAUAUAUCGAUCGCAUGGAUAGUAAAACCUUCAUCAAUGUAAAAUGGGAAGAGUAUAAUGAAUAAAGCUUUGGGAACUUUAUUACAACGUACCUUUGCAAUUCAGUGAAAAUUGAUGUUUUUAUCUCUCCUGUGUUAUCUGAAACAAGCAUUUUAUCACAUUUCACACCCAGAAAUGAUUUCUCACACUGAGCAUUUACAAGCAAGCUAGAUUAUAGGGAAAAUAAAACAAUUUCAUCUGCAAUAGUCAAUUUUUGUAAUAAACACUACCAGUCAAAAGUUUUUGAACAGUAAGCUUUUUAAAGAAUUCUCUUCUGUUCACCAAGCCUGCAUUUAUUUGAUCCAAAACACAGCAAAAACAGUAGUAUUGUGAAAUAUUUUACUACUUAAAAAAACUGCUUUCUAGUUGAAAAUAUUUUAAAAUGUAAUUUAUUCCUUGUGAUUAAAAC